GGAUAGUGGCUACCGUAUAGCAACACCGUAUACGUCUUAGAAAACAAAUACUUCGUCCAAUUACGUAAUUGUUUGAUCUUGGUCUUUGACCCUGAUUCUAACCUGUCCACGUGCCUCUUCAGAGCGUUGAGAACGCACGAGAUCACAGUGCAACGUGAACAAGUUUACGUUUACGGAACAGGAGAUUUGUAUCGGUGCCAAUUUCCCCGAGAAUAUUACACGCAUCGAUGAAAAGUCGCUCGUUAACGGUGCCAACGCGAAAGAAUGAAGGAGGCGGAGGAUAAAGUGUUGGACGAGGAACAGUGGAAGCUCGAGGCUCAAGCCGUCAUCAAUGACGUGAAGCAACAUGUAACGGACAUCAAGUUGUCGGAAAAAUUGCAGAGUACGAAUCAGUUUAUCUAUUUGAAUUUGACCACGUUGGAAGAAUUGAAUUUCUGUAUAGAAUUGUCCGCCGCUGGAUUCACCAUCGUUGGCAAUCAGCACGACGAUACCUCGAACGCGGGAAACGAACAUUUCGAAACGCCGUACAGUUUAUUAGACUCUGUCAGCCCCCAGUACCGAAGCUCUUUCGGCAGUUCUCUCUUCGCCAAGCUUAAGAAAUUAAGCGACGAACAGUGAGCAAAUCAAAUGGAAGU